GCCCUAAUGAAAUCCCUCACGCUGGCCUUCUUAUAAUCCUCUUCCCUCCUUACUUUCUCCUUUGCUCUUUCGCCAUCUCUCUCUGUCGCGCACGCUCAAAACCAAAAAUCCAAAACGAACCAGAAGAGAGAGACUUAAAUUCACCCGCUAACAAAACCCAAAAUUCAAAGAGCCACCAAACCCUAAUACUUUCUAACCAUGGACGAUUCAACUCAGCAGCUCCAACAAGCUCAACUCGCCGCCAUACUCGGCCAGGACCCUACCCCUUUCGAAGCUCUAAUAUCCUCUCUUAUGUCUUCCUCCAACGAGCAACGAUCACAGGCAGAGCUCGCUUUCAACCUCUGCAAGCAGACCGAUCCGGAUUCUCUCUCCCUCAAACUUGCUCACCUCCUUCAGUUCUCUUCUCACGCCGAGGCUCGCGCUAUGUCCGCCGUCCUCCUUCGCAAGCUUCUUACCCGGGAUGAUGCUUAUCUCUGGCCUCGUCUCUCCCUCGCAGCUCAGUCUUCUAUCAAAUCUAUUCUAUUGACUUGUAUUCAGCAUGAGCAGACCAAAUCGAUUGUUAAGAAGCUGUGUGAUACUGUUUCUGAGCUUGCUUCUGGUAUUUUGCCUGAGAACGGCUGGCCUGAGCUUUUGCCUUUUAUGUUUCAGUGCGUUUCUUCUGAUUCGCCGAAGUUACAGGAAUCUGCGUUCUUGAUAUUUGCUCAGUUGUCACAGUAUAUUGGCGAGACCUUAAUUCCGUUUAUUAAGGAGCUACACUCGGUGUUUUUACAGUGCUUGGGAUCGUCUUCGAAUUUUGAUGUUAAGAUUGCGGCUUUGAAUGCGGUUAUCAAUUUUAUCCAGUGUUUGAAUAGUUCGUCAGAUCGGGAUAGGUUUCAGGAUUUGUUGCCGGCGAUGAUAAGGACGUUGACUGAAGCUUUGAAUAAUGGAAAUGAGGCUACGGCGCAGGAGGCUUUGGAGCUUCUUAUCGAGUUGGCAGGUUCAGAGCCAAGGUUUCUGCGGCGACAAUUGGUGGAUGUCGUCGGUUCUAUGUUGCAGAUUGCUGAGGCUGAGAGUUUAGAAGAAGGCACUCGACACUUGGCUAUUGAAUUUGUUAUUACUUUAGCUGAGGCUAGGGAGAGGGCGCCAGGGAUGAUGAGGAAGUUGCCACAGUUUAUUAGCAGGUUAUUCGCCAUUUUGAUGAGAAUGUUGUUAGAUAUUGAGGAUGAUCCUGCAUGGCAUAGUGCAGAAUCUGAGGAUGAAGAUGCGGGAGAGACCGGUAACUAUAGUGUUGGACAGGAGUGCUUGGAUAGGUUGGCCAUUUCAUUGGGUGGGAAUACUAUUGUUCCAGUCGCUUCUGAGCAGUUGCCUGCGUAUUUAGCUGCUCCAGAAUGGCAGAAGCACCAUGCUGCCCUCAUUGCUCUUGCUCAAAUUGCUGAGGGUUGCUCCAAGGUAAUGAUAAAAAAUCUGGAACAAGUAGUGUCAAUGGUUCUAAACUCAUUCUAUGAUCCCCAUCCUCGUGUGAGAUGGGCAGCUAUUAAUGCAAUUGGACAGUUGUCUACUGAUCUUGGUCCAGAUUUGCAAAAUCAAUAUCAUCAGAGAGUGUUGCCAGCACUUGCUAGCGCAAUGGAUGAUUUUCCCAACCCUCGAGUGCAGGCACAUGCUGCUUCAGCAGUGCUCAACUUCAGUGAGAACUGUACUCCAGAGAUUUUAACUCCUUACUUGGAUGGAAUAGUGAGCAAAUUGCUUGUACUAUUGCAGAAUGGAAAACAAAUGGUGCAAGAGGGAGCCUUGACUGCCUUGGCCUCAGUUGCUGACUCAUCCCAGGAGCACUUCCAAAAAUAUUAUGAUGCAGUAAUGCCUUACUUGAAGGCUAUAUUAGUGAAUGCAACAGACAAAUCUAACCGCAUGCUUCGUGCCAAAUCGAUGGAGUGCAUUAGUCUGGUAGGGAUGGCAGUUGGGAAGGAUAAAUUUAGAGAGGAUGCUAAGCAGGUUAUGGAAGUCCUUAUGUCUUUACAAGGAUCUCAAAUGGAGGCAGAUGAUCCGACGACAAGUUACAUGUUACAAGCAUGGGCCAGACUUUGCAAGUGUUUGGGACAAGAUUUUCUUCCUUAUAUGACUGUUGUAAUGCCACCUUUGCUUCAGUCUGCUCAACUUAAGCCAGAUGUAACAAUUACAUCUGCGGAUUCAGAUAAUGAUAUUGAUGAUUCAGAUGAUGAAAGUAUGGAGACUAUCACCCUUGGGGACAAAAGAAUUGCGAUCAAGACUAGUGUCCUGGAAGAAAAAGCAACUGCAUGUAAUAUGUUAUGUUGCUAUGCAGAUGAACUUAAGGAAGGCUUCUUUCCAUGGAUUGAUCAGGUUGCUACAACCCUUGUUCCUCUUUUGAAAUUUUAUUUCCAUGAAGAAGUUAGGAAAGCAGCUGUUUCUGCCAUGCCGGAGCUAUUGCGGUCUGCCAAAUUAGCUGUAGAGAAGGGGUUGUCUCAAGGUCGCAAUGAGUCUUAUGUAAAGCAGUUGUCUGACUAUAUUAUUCCAGCAUUGGUGGAAGCAUUGCAUAAGGAACCUGAUACUGAGAUUUGUGCAAAUAUGUUAGAUGCAUUAAAUGAAUGCUUACAGAUAUCUGGACCCCUUGUUGAUGAAGGUCAAGUGAAAUCCAUCAUAGAUGAGAUAAAACAGGUGAUCACAGCUAGUUCUAGUAGGAAAAGAGAGAGAGCCGAGAGAGCCAAAGCUGAAGACUUUGAUGCCGAGGAGGGAGAGUUGAUUAAAGAGGAAAAUGAGCAAGAGGAGGAAGUUUUUGACCAAGUGGGUGAGAUCUUGGGAACGUUGAUAAAAACAUUUAAAGCCUCUUUCUUGCCUUUCUUUGAUGAGCUAUCAACCUAUCUAACUCCUAUGUGGGGCAAGGAUAAGACUGCUGAGGAGAGAAGAAUUGCCAUUUGCAUUUUUGAUGAUGUUGCAGAGCAAUGUCACGAGGCAGCACUUAAAUACUAUGAUACAUAUCUCCCAUUCCUAUUAGAGGCAUGCAAUGAUGAGAAUCCUGAUGUUCGACAGGCAGCUGUAUAUGGACUUGGAGUUUGUGCAGAGUUUGGUGUAUCUGUAUUUAAACCUCUUGUUGGAGAGGCUCUUUCAAGACUAAAUGUUGUGAUACAACAUCCUAAUGCCAAGCAUCCUGAAAAUGUGAUGGCAUAUGAUAAUGCUGUUUCUGCUUUGGGGAAAAUUUGCCAGUUCCAUCGUGCAAGUAUUGAUUCAGCUCAGGUUGUCCCAGCAUGGUUGAACUGUUUGCCGAUAACAGGUGAUUUAAUUGAAGCAAAAGUUGUUCAUGAGCAGCUUUGUUUGAUGGUGGAGCGGUCGGACUCGGAGCUUUUGGGUCCCAACAAUCAGUAUUUACCUAAGAUUGUUUCAGUAUUUGCUGAGGUUGUAUGUGGCAAGGACCUGGCGACAGAACAAACUGCAAGCCGAAUGGUUAACUUAUUGAGGCACCUUCAGCAGACUUUACCACCAGCAACAUUGGCUUCAACUUGGUCUUUGCUGCAUCCACAGCAACAAAUGGCACUGCAAUCCAUUUUGUCAUCAUAGUCCCUGGCAUUUUGGCAGCUUGUCUCAAAAUUCAGUCCGUGUGGAAGUAUAUUUAUUUACCGAUUCUUUUACAUAAGAUGAUUCCCCACCAAACUUUGCACGAUGUUCUGCAAGCUAACCUGGCAUCAGUUGGAUUGAGUGUGAACGCCGAUCAAUGUGAUCAAGGUGAAUCCUUUUUGUAGAAUGUGUAUAUUAUUUAUAUUUAUUUAUUUAUAGUUGGAAUCAAGCCAAUGGGGAAGGAAAAGAAAGUGUAGGCAUUUGUGGUUUUUUUUUAUUGUUUUUUGUUCUUUCUUUUCUGGUUUGGGGCGUGAGAGUUAAGAGUUGUCAGUGAGGCAAUUCUUGUCGCAGUUUUGGUCAUAUUGUGUUUUGGAUUCAUUCAAACUUCUGUGAUUGUGAUCAUUUGUGGAUUGAAAUUUUGAAUGUGAUUCUUUCAUUAUAUUAGCUA